AUGAGACGAUUGUCUGACAAUCUAUAUGAAAAAAUCGGAUUUGUAAAUGUUAUUACAACUAAUUCAACGAAAUCUUGCAAUCUAUGGAACCCAUACGAAAAAAGAUUCUACGAAUUUGAUGGAACUGAAGAAACCUUUAUUUCUACGCUCAAUAGAAACAUUUAUGAACGAAAUUUCAGACAUUUAAUGAGAUAUGAUGAAAUUGCAUUAAUUUUUACUAACAAGCACCCUACUAGAACAGAACUCCAUAUCAUGCACAAAGCAAUGUCAGUUUUUCCAAAACUUAGAGUUAUGUUUGGAAACCAGGUUAUUCUUCAUGAUUUAAGCUACUUGGCAGUGAAUUCUAGUGUUAACUUUGUCUUGCUAUACCCCUCGCAUGCUCUUUUCUCUGUUAUUCAAAAGAAAGAUUAUUCUCGAUUAUUAAAGCUUGCAGAAAGGCAAAUUAAAGAUGAAAUUAAGCUUGCACGAGAACUGAUGAACGAAUCUUAUAUACCACCAAAUGAAACAACUCAAAAACGAAAACAAAAAAUUGAUUGUUCAGGAAGGAAUCCUUACACAGUUCCAGCUCAACUAUAUUAUGGUCCUCCAUUAACUGAGAGAUAA